AUGAUUUCAAUGAAUAGUUUACUUGCUAGUACAUUGUUAGAGUUGUUAGUGUUGGGUGUCUUUUCAAGAGUAGGAGGAGGAGGAAAAAGAGGAGGAGACAUUCAAGACAAAGAUGGAGGACCCAAAGACAUCAACAUACAAGAUUAUAAAUAUUUAUUUGGUCAUUAUGAAGAAAUUACAUUUAAAGAUUUCAAACAAUCAAAUGACCCAUUUCAAAAGUUAGAGAAUAAUCAAAAUAAUAAUAAUAAUAGUCAUAAUAAUAUUUCCAACAUGUCUAUGCCAUUUAUCAACCUAUUAUCAUUAUCGUCGUCAUCGUCAACAGAGAUAUAUCUACCAGAUAUAAUAUGGAGAGAUAUAUUAAAUUAUUUGGUUAUACAAUAUUUUAGAGAACCAUCACCAGGUGAGAUGGUUCAAGACUCACCACCACGUAACCAUUAUAUGAAGUUUAUAAGUCUGUCAUUGGUAUGCAAGAGAUGGUCCAACAACAUUAUCCCGUUUUUGGGGUAUGGUGAGGUCAAGAUCAACUCACAGACCGAGUUUGCAUUGUUUGCAAGACUGGUGUACCGAGGUAUCAGCGGUGUUCCACUCCAAUUCACAGCACUUCAAUUGACACUAGUUGAAAAUACAUCGACCAAACAUGUGACCGACACACUCUCCAUUCUCAACACACUGUCUAGUGUAAGAUUGAACAAAUUGACCAUCACCAUUAAUUUCCAAGUCAACUCUAAAGUCGUUCAUCAUAUUGCAACGUUGAUCCAAAAGUCAAGAUGUAAAUCUAUUAAAUUAUCGGCCUUUCAAAAUGGACAACAAACUCUAUACCCUAAAUUGGCAGAUUUAAAAGGAAAGGGUCAAUUCCAUUAUUUGGAAGAGAUUGAUAUUGGUGGUAGUAGAGCUGGUGAUUUGGCAGUAGUCUCUAUCGAGCAGUUUAUCAAUCACUCUCAAUCCAAGAUAACGGUACUUAAUCUAGAGAGUUGUGCACUCGGUCAAAAAGGAUUGACUAGUCUAUGUGUAGCACUGGCAUCCAACAACACCAUCCAUACACUCAAUCUAUCAUUCAACCGUAUUGGUGAUGAAGUUAGUGGUCUAACCAACCUAGUCGCCACUAAAAAGAAUAUCACUAGUUUAAAUCUAAAUGAAAAUAGAAUUGCUCAUCAUGGUGGUAUUGCCAUCUCUCAAUUACUCGACCAAUCAGAUCAUUUAAAAACUCUUAUUCUUAGUACAAAUCCUUUUAGUUCAACAUCAUUAGCAUUAAUAUUAUCAAGUAUAAGUCAAAAUAUUGGAUUAGAAAAAGUAUCAUUGGCAAUGAUGUCAAGUGAGAUUAAUUUGGCAUUAUUGGGUAACUGUUUUACAAAUUGUGAAGCGGUAACGGUUGGUGGAUACACUAGAAGAUAUGGUUGUUCACUUAGAUCAUUCAAUGUAAUGGUAAAUGAUUUGGGAAAGAAUGGUGAUUUUUUCAAAUGUAUUUUGGAUAAUACAAAGUUGGCAAAGAUUAAUCUUUCAAACACCAAACUCAAAGGAGAGGCCAGAACCAUGUUGGCAACUACGUUGGCUGGCAAUAGUGGGUUGAAAAAGAUUGAUCUCUCCUAUGCACUCACCGAGAGUGACAAUACCGAUAUUAUGAGAGCGUUGAUUGUAAACAGCUCGAUCACCAGCAUCAACCUUUCACUAAAUUCACUUCGUAGUGAUGAAGGUGAAAUAUUGGGACAAGUGCUGACCAAAAACACAACACUUACAAGUCUCAACUUGGGAAACAAUAUACUUGGUCGUGGAUGUAUACCAAUUCUUCAAGCUUUAAAAACAAACAAAACUCUCAAACAUUUAAACCUAAGAAAGAAUUUAAUUAGAGAUAUGAUUCCUCCAGGUCUCCUAUUCCAAGUACUUUGUCAAAACACAACAUUAAAAUAUUUUGAUCUUUGUCAAAAUUUUAUUGGUAAUAGAACUGGAAAAGAAAUUGGUUUUGCAUUACCAUAUAAUAAUAGAUUAAAAUAUUUAGAUUUAUCAAGUAAUCAAUUAUCACAUCCUGUAGCAUUAGUAUUUUUACAUUCAUUAAAGUAUAAUCAAAGUUUAACUAAAAUUGGAUUAUCUGGAAAUAUAUUAGGUGGACCUGUAGUGGCAUUACUCAAACAGGGGUAUAUCGACCAACUUGAUCUUGGUUUGGUCAAUGACUACGGUCCAUCAUCCUACGAACCAAUUGUUCCUCCAACUCCUUUAGUACAAAAUCAACCAAAGAAAAGAUUUUUCUUUUUUUAA